AUGAAAGUUGGAUGGAUUGGAACAGGAGUCAUGGGACUCAGCAUGUGCAAACAUCUACUCAAUGCACAGUACUCACUCUCUGUCUUUAACCGAACUCCAGAGAAGGCUAAGCCUCUGCUUGAACUGGGUGCUGAAUGGCUGUCCCCUCAGGAAAUAGCAGCAAAAGUCGACGUUCUUUUCCUCAUGCUGGGCUUCCCCAAGGACGUGGAGACCAUGUGUCUGGGAGAAGACGGCAUUCUGAAGCACAUGAAGAAGGGGACCAUCAUUCCAUUCAGCUCCAUCCUGGUCGACCACACCACCAGUCGCCCCAGUCUCGCAGUCAGCAUCUACAACGAAGCCAAGGCUCUGGGCAUCGGCAGCAUCGACGCUCCCGUUUCCGGCGGAGACGUGGGGGCAAGGGAGGGCAAACUGGUGGUGAUGUGCGGCGGCGAGAAGGAGGAACUGGAGAGGGUCCGCCCCAUCAUGGAGAAGUACAGCCGAGCAGUCAACCUGGCGGGAGGAGCAGGGCUCGGGCAGCACACCAAGAUGGUCAACCAGAUCAUCCUGGCAGGCAACAUGGCAGGCACUGUGGAGGGACUCAUGUACGCCAGCAAAUCAGGCCUCGACCUCACCGGCACCAUCGACACCAUCAUUCUCGGAGCUGCAAGCUCGACUGCCUUGAAUGUGCUCGGAAGGAGAAUGGUGGCUGGAAACUUUGACCCUGGAUUCUACGUGGAGCACUACAUUAAGGAUUUGGAGAUCUGCCUAUAAGAAUCCGCAAGAAUGGAGCUUUCUUUGCCCUGCCUCGCCCUCGUGAAGCAAUUUUACAUAGCCCUCAAAGCUCAAGGCGGCAGCAAGCUCGGCACUCAAGCUUUGAUCAAAGUCCUCGAGAACCUAAACAACCACCACAUCGGCAAAUGA